AUGGUGUUGUACAGAACCUCGCGAGGUCUACCUAACCUGCAGAAAGCUGGCGCAAUCCUAUUCUGCACGAUCGUUUUUCUAUGGAUUGUAAUCACGUUGCGCAGCAGAGACUCAGUCUCGAUCUCUGAUUCGCUCCGUUUGGGGGCCAAACAGAAGGAAAUCCAUGCAUUUGCCACGAUUCUCACCGGCGAGGGUGACGCCGAGUUUCCGGAUGUCGAAGAACCCUACCUUCGAGCAGCUCGACUUCUCACAUUCCAACUCCUCCACAACCCUCGAACCCGAAACGACAGCUUGGACAUUCCAUUCCUUGUCCUCGUGACGCAAGAUGUGCCUCAAAAACACCGGGAGAUUCUCAGCAAGGAUGGAGCCAUCAUCGUUCCGGUGGAUAGCCUUGGGCGCGACUGGAUUCAUCCGAAAUGGGGUCGAUGGAAGGAUGUGCUCGCCAAAUUGAAUUUGUGGCAGCUGACAGAUUACGAUAAGAUCAUGUUCCUCGACGCCGACUCGGUCAUUUUCCAGUCAAUCCAUGAUAUUUUCUCACACCCGGCAACCGAAAUCCGCCAAACACUGUCACCUCAAGCAGGGGUUCAAGCCAAUGGCAGUGUGCCCGCCUCCUACAUGAUAGCCGGCAUCCACGAUCCAUGGGUGGAAGAGAAUUUACCACCUGUGCCCGGCAAGGAAUUCUACCAACAGAACAACUACAUGAAUGCGGGAUUCUUCGUCUUACAUCCUUCAAAGGAUCUAUUCGAUUACUACUCCGCUCUUCUCGAUAAACCCGAUGCAUUCGACUCGGCGUAUCCCGAGCAGAAUCUUCUGAACUGUGCCCAUAGGACGGAUGGCCAGAUGCCGUGGCAGGACAUCGGUCCUUGGUGGAACCUAAAAGGCGCAGACAAGUCCGAAUAUGAAAGUGGCCUGAAGUCCAUCCAUCAUAAAUGGUGGCGCCCCAUUCCGGACAAGUUUGUCGGUGAUCGCAUCGCAGAUGCGUUGGAGGAAAUGGAGAGCUAUUUCCGGGGAACGAAUGAGCAAAAUGCCUAG